AUGCAGCGGGCAACAGUGAGUGGACAAAUUCAUCCAGGCCGGACAGCGCUCAGUCACGAUUCGCCUAUCACAGAUAGUGCGGGUUUGCCGGCCGCUGCAGAAACAAUUCUCUACAACUCGCUCGUCCUUGCAUCGAGUCCGACGUUCGCAAAGUACAUCCUCCUUGUGGACAACCAUGGGCUAGGGAAGGAGACCGCCGAAGGAAGUGAAUAUCGUUCCAAGCUAUACGGGGGGUUAGCUGGAAUCCAGAGUGUUGGUCACGCCAAUGUCGGCUUCAUUGACUUCGGGGAACUCUGGAAUGCUGUGCUCAACGGGUCUCCCGGCUAUCACCAAUUCGGCUACGUGAGCUCCGGUGCCUGCACGGAAUCGACGAGCAGCUUGUUCCCGGAGUGUAUCGAUCCGUUCCAGACUUUCUACUGGAUGCCAGAAUAUCCUUCCGCGCAGACACAUCGAAUCAUGGCGACCUUUGCUGAAGAAGCUCUUACGCAGUGCACAAAUCCCUGA